ACAUCAAAACCUAAACAGUGAAGGUUUAUUUUUUCUCUGUCAGUUGUAGAAUUACAUACAUUUCUCUUUAUUUCUCUUUAUUUAUCUAUUGAUUCCAUCCUUCUGUGUGUCUCUGGAAACUCGGUGACCAGGUCCACAAAUAGCUCAGUGGCCACUUAGACCAGAAACUGAGGAUGGGGCUGUGGUGGCUUCUCCUGCAGCAACAGCGCCACCUGCUGCCCCACAGGGAGAGUGGGGUUUUUCUCUCGGAGCCAAUGAUCAGAGCUCAUAACGCUGCAUCGCCUCUGGUUCCUGCCAGUGAGUCAGCGUCCGUGCAGAGCUGCAGGUUAAUCAGCUCUGGUGAUUAUCGAUGCUUCAUCUCUCUCCUGCAGCGGAUCACACGCUGCAUUCUGAUUUUUGCAUUUUUUUUGCAACCUGAAUAUUAAAAAAACCAACAUUUUCCUAACCAACAAUGGAUCAGUUCCAUGGGUUAUUUGUCAAACUGGACCAAAACAAAGAUGGAUUCAUAUCAGUGACAGAGCUGCACAAAGAAAUGAGCAAGUAUGGGAUCAACUCGGCAGAUGGCAAGGCCCAGAACAUCAUUGAUUCUUAUGACAAGAACAAAGAUGGCCUCCUGGAUUAUAAAGAGUUUCUCGGCUACAUGAUGGACAGAGAGAAGAAAUGGAAAAUUUACUUUCAUGACCUUGACAAGAACAAGUGUGGGGUGAUUGACCAGGACGACGUCAUUUGUUUGUUUAAGGAGUUAGGAGUGGUCAUUUCAAAGCCGAAUGCAAAAAAAAUAAUACAAAUGAUGGACAAGGACAGUUCCAUGACAGUGGACUGGGGCGAGUUCCUGCACCACGUCAUCCUCAACCCUGUGGACAGCAUCGGGGAGCUGGUGACCUCAUGGAAACACCAGCUGGUUUUUGAUGUCGGGGAGAGUCGUGCGAUGCCCCUUGAAUUCCCUGAGGAGGCGUCUGGUUUUGGUGCUUGGAGGACGUUUGUCCUGGCAGCAGGGAUGGCUGAUGCUGUGUCCAGGACUGUGACGGCGCCCAUCGACCGCCUUAAGACCCAACUUCAGGUUCAUGGAUCCAAGGCCUUCUCCCAAGGCUUCCAGGAGGUGAGAGCAGGUGGUCUGCGGUCGAUGUGGCAGGGCAACGCUGUCAACGUGCUGAAAGGAACGCCGCAGUCUACGCUCCAGUGUCUUAUCUACGCCCAGAUGAAGGUGUACACCCAAAACCGAACCCAGGAGACUCUGACGGUGCAGCAGCGCUUCGGGUUGGGCUGCGUGUCCGGUGCGGUUGUUCAUGCUGCCUUCUAUCCUUUAGAGGUGUUGAAGGUGAGGCUGAACCUGCAGCAAAUUGGAACUUACCAUGGAGUGGUGGCCUGCACCCGCUCCAUUUACAGACAGGAGCGUUUGUCCUCGUUUUACAGAGGAUUCAAACCCAGCAUCCUGUGCAUGAUCCCCUACGCAGGUGUGGAGUGUGCAGUUCACCAGUCGAUUAUGAACUGGGCGAAGAGCGACCCAGCCUACAACAGUGACGCCAAACUGUUUUUCUUCAGUUUCGUGGCGUUUGCCGCCGGACAAAUGACCAGUUACCCACUGGCAGUGAUCCGCACGCAGCAGCAAGCUCAGGCUUUCAGCUCUGCUUCAAGUCCAGCUUCAGGCAUUUUACAAGGACUUAUUGGUAUAUAUGAAAGACGUGGACUUAGAGGAUAUUACAACGGCAUGGGAGCCAGCUUUGUCAGGGCUGUCCCAUGUGCCCUGAUAAACUACACUUUGACUAGGAAAUUUGAAAAUGUGUUUUCUUCCAUGGAGCCUUGAGGUUUGGCAGAAAUGAGGUUUUCUUUGCAGGCUGUGAUUUUGAUUUUAAACAACAUGUUUCAGGGACGUUAUCAGGAACAUGAGGAAAAAUACAAAAACCAUGGACUGUUGUUAAUGUGAACUGAGUGAAAAUUACUGGAUUCUGAAAAAACUGCAAAGGUCAAAUCUCCGAGAUGUGAAUUAUCAUGUGAUACAGCUUUUAAUGCCUCUGCAGCUUUUUUAGUCAGGUUAACAGUUUUUCCCUCUGAGUAGCACCAUGAGAUGUGGUGAAGUAUUUGAAAAACCAUAAACCUCACUGAGUGCUGAUGCAUACUUGACUUGAAAUUUACAAUGUGACUGUGAUAUAAUAAAGUGUAGUCACUGUCCAUUUAAGGACAGUCCAUUUAACUGAACUGUGUAAAUGAGGACAUGUGUGAAAGUGCGAGCUGUGUAAUAAAAUAUAACAUUUUAUAUCAUA